AUGUUGAAAGAUAUGAAAAGAAAGCAUCCAACUAAUGAAGAGGAUCAGGAGAGUGAAAAUGAUUCUCAGCCAAGUAAGAGCAAAGAAGAAGCGAGUGAUAAAAAAAUUCGGCAUUAUGAUGAGAGUUAUCUGGCUGUUGGGUUCACGUGGACAGGAGACGAAAACUGCCCUCUCCCAUUAUACAUCAUUUGUGGAAGAAAACUAGCUAACACAGCUAUGGCCCCCGUCAAGUUAAAGCGACAUUUCUCUACUAAUCACAGCUACUUGUCCAAUAAAUCAGUUGAUUAUUUUCGAAGACUCGUUGAUUCACAGAAGAAACAAAGAAAGUUCUUUGAAAAGACGUUAACGAUAAGUGAAAGGCUCAAAAAGCUUGUUAUUUAG